UGGCCAAAGGGGAUCAUCACCCUGGGGCCUGGAGAAUCCGCCAGGCAGGUGGUCCUGAAGAAGAUCCAGGAGCUCUCUGAUUUGGACCACCGAGACCCCUUCAUGGUAGCUGACUUGGGCAUACUGGCCAGUCGCCAUCAGGUCUUCUGCCAGGCCCUGCCAAGGGUCUCGCCCUUCUAUGCAGUGAAGUGUAACAACAGCCCCUGGGUGCUGCGUGUUGUGGCGGCCCUGGGUACCAGCUUCGACUGUGCCAGCCAGGUGGAGCUGAAGCAGGUGCUGAGCCUGGGCGUGGCCCCCUCAUGCAUCAUCUACGCCAACCCCUGCAAGCCUGUCUCCUACCUCCAGUAUGCUGCCCGCCACAGGGUGCAGCUCCAGACCUUUGACAGUGAGGAGGAGCUGACCAAGGUGGCCCAGCACCACCCCAAGGCCAGGCUGGUCCUCCGGCUGUGGACCAAUGACAGAGAGAGCACCUUCCCCCUGAGCGCCAAGUUUGGGGCCAGCCUGGAGGUACGCGAACACCUGCUCAAGUCCGCCCGAGACCUGGGGUUGGCUGUGGUCGGAACCAGCUUCCAUGUGGGCUCGAGCUGCCAGAAUCCCCAAAAGUUCACACAGGCCAUUGCCAACUGCCGGCGCGUGUUCGAGAUGGGCCGUGGGGUUGGGCAUGACAUGAGCCUCCUGGAUAUCGGAGGGGGCUUCCCUGGAGAGGAGGGCUCCAAACCUGAGUUUGAGAAGAUGGCCAGAGUGAUCAAUGCUGCCCUGGCCCAGCACUUCCCCGAGGAGACUGGUGUUGAGGUCAUCGCAGAGCCUGGUCGCUUCUACGUGGCAUCUGUCUGCACAGCUGCUGUCAACAUCAUUGCCAAGAAGGCUGUGCUGGAGCCUGGAGGCUACCGGAAACUGUUGUACUAUAUCAACGAGGGACAUUACGGCACCUUCCGUGUCUUCCUCAGGGAGCCAGUGCCCAGGACGCCCAUUGUGGUGAAGGAAUUCUGCUCAGAGCAGCCCACCUUCCCCUGCAUCCUCUAUGGUCCCACAUGUGAUGCCGGUGACAAGCUGUUCAUGGACGAAGUGCAGUUGCCUGAACUGGAUGUGGGCGACUGGCUUAUUUUUCCCUCCAUGGGCGCCUACACGUCCGUCAUGAGCUCCACUUUCAAUGGCUUUCUGCCUGCCUCCAUCCACUAUACCAUGGAACCUGCACUCAGGAGCCUGCUGGAGACAGCGCCUUAGUCUGGGACAUGGCAGAAUUAAAGGGCUCCAGACACCUGGCUUCUGCAAAUGGUCCUUCCUAUCUAUCAGAGUCAGCCCCACCAAUCUUGCUGCUGCCUCUACCACUCAGCCAAGACCAGAGGAAUCUUCCAUCAUCCUUGGGAUAAAGAGAUUUCUUCCUCGGAAAUCUGAGAAGGGAAGGGCUGCAGGUGCCAUCCGAGGAAGCCAGGAGGGUCAGGCAGCGUUCAGAUUGUGUGUGUUAGUAAUUCGUCUUC